AUGAGGGGGUAUCCAGCGCUGGACAUUGCCUUGCCCUGCGCUGUGCUGCGCUUUCCACUCUGUCUCUGGUGUCUCUUUGAUCAACCUAAUCUGCAGUGUAGAGAGGCUGGUGCUCAUCACCCUCUGAGCCCCAAUCCAAUGCACUCUGCAGACAAGGUCAGGGUAGCUCACGUACGGCCCGUGCUGUCCACGGGCGAUCAUUAA